CUUGCCCGGAGCCUGCUCUGUUAGGCUUCUGCGUCCUGUCAGGCCCCCGGGGAGAGGCGUCUUAGGGCGCAGGUGUGGCGCCUGUCUCGGAGUUUCGUUUUCUCUCCCUAGUCUUCACCGUGUGUGCGUUGUUGUGUUUAUUUCUAUCGCCUGGACCCCUGGCUUCGCCUUGUAAAUCGAACAGGCGCGCUAGCCCAGGAGAUAGGAUGUUUUCGACAUUGUCGAGGGAUAGCGCGGAAAGUCCGAAUUUGCUGGGCGAAACUGUCCAGGGCCUGCUAAGGGAGACGGGAGAAGGCGGCGGCGUACAUCUUAAGCCGGAAGUGGAAGACAUGUUGAGCUAACCAGUACCAGUGGAUGAUAGCAUUCACAUUAACUUUGCUGUAGAAGACAACUUUACAAGGAUUUAAAAGGAACAGAUUUAAAGAUGACUGAAUGUUGGAUUCCAGAAAUUUAAAAUAAUCAGCAAAUCAUACAUUCUUCAGAGGAGCUGAGAAUCGCUAAGUCUCUUCUUCCCACUGGUUUGGAACUUUCCAAUCCCAGAGAAAAUCUAAGGGACUGCCCAGGACUGAGCCCAUAUGGAAGAAGAACUCCCUCUUUUCUAUGGAGAAAGUAGCAAGCCAGUACAGGCAACUCUGUCGUCGCUGAAGAUGUUAGAUGUGGGCAAGUGGCCAAUUUUUUCCCUUUGUUCUGAGGAAGAGCUGCAGUUAAUUCGUCAGGCGUGUGUCUUUGGCAAUGCUGGCAAUGAAGUUUUAUACAGUACGGUGAACGACGAGAUUUUUGUGCUCGGCACGAACUGCAGUGGCUGUUUGGGGUUAGGUGAUGCCCAGAGCACCAUUGAACCUCGGAGACUGGACUCUUUAAGUGGCAAAAAGAUAGCCUGCCUCAGCUAUGGGAGUGGCCCACACGUUGUCCUUGCUACCACAGAAGGAGAAGUCUUUACCUGGGGUCAUAACGCUUACAGCCAGCUGGGCAAUGGGACGACGAAUCAUGGUUUAGUGCCCUGUCAGAUCUCCACCAACCUGUCCAACAAGCAAGUCAUUGAAGUUGCCUGUGGGUCUUACCAUUCUCUGGUGCUAACAUCUGAUGGGGAGGUAUUUGCCUGGGGUUAUAAUAACUCGGGGCAGGUGGGAUCUGGUCCAACAGCCAACCAGCCCAUCCCUCGGAGAGUCACUGGCUGCUUACAGAACAAAGUCGUUGUGAACAUAGCGUGUGGGCAGAUGUGCUCAAUGGCAGUCGUGGACACUGGGGAGGUCUACGUCUGGGGCUACAAUGGAAAUGGGCAGCUUGGACUUGGCAGUGGUGGCAACCAGCCCACGCCCUGUAGAGUAGCCGCUUUGCAAGGCAUUCGAGUUCAGCGGGUUGCCUGUGGCUAUGCACACACAUUAGUAUUAACAGAUGAAGGCCAAGUGUACGCUUGGGGUGCAAAUUCCUAUGGCCAGUUGGGCACCGGCAAUAAAAGUAACCAGUCCUAUCCUACUCCUGUCGUUGUGGAAAAGGACAGGAUCAUCGAGAUCGCAGCCUGCCACUCCACCCACACAUCGGCCGCCAAGACGCAGGGCGGGCAUGUGUACAUGUGGGGCCAGUGCCGGGGCCAGUCGGUGAUCCUCCCCCACCUCACACACUUCUCCUGCACGGACGAUGUCUUCGCCUGCUUUGCCACGCCCGCCGUCUCCUGGCGCCUCCUCUCAGUGGAACCCGAUGACCACCUCACUGUGGCUGAGUCACUCAAGAGGGAAUUUGACAACCCGGACACCGCAGACCUGAAGUUUCUGGUUGACGGCAAAUACAUUUAUGCGCAUAAAGUCCUUCUCAAAAUCAGGUGCGAGCAUUUUCGCUCUUCGCUGGAAGACUGUGAGGAUGACAUCAUAGAGAUGAGUGAAUUUUCAUAUCCUGUUUACCGAGCCUUCCUGGAGUACCUGUACACAGAUAGCAUCAGCCUUUCUCCUGAGGAAGCAGUAGGCCUGCUAGACUUGGCUACGUUUUAUAGAGAAAACCGUUUGAAAAAGCUCUGCCAACAAACCAUCAAGCAGGGAAUCUGCGAGGAGAAUGCCAUCGCCCUGCUAUCGGCGGCCGUGAAAUAUGACGCCCAGGACUUAGAAGACUUCUGCUUCAGGUUUUGCAUCAACCACCUGACUGUAGUAACGCAAACUUCAGGCUUUGCCGAGAUGGACCACGAUCUCCUAAAGAACUUUAUCAGCAAAGCAAGCAGAGUAGGAGCCUUCAAAAACUGAUGCCGCUGCAGGCAAGGGAGGGGCUUCGCUGCAAAAGCUGGAGAGCACUCAUUUCUGUCCCAUCAGUAGUUACCUACAGUGAGCUGCGUUCAGCUGAAUGGUUACGUUCCGUCCGAAGAAAGAUGGUGUCAGUCUUUUCCAUCGGCCUAAAUCCAGCGUUUACAUAGAAAGCAUCAAAUGCUCUGGUCAAAUAUGACCAUGCUCAAGGAAAGAAUGGAAGUGUUUUUAUCUCUACCUUUUCCUCUUUUCAGUCACAUAAGUUGGGUGCCCUUGGUACAUUGUUCUCAGCAUGAUAUUGUGGACAAGGUUCCCCUCUUCAGCCGGCUGAUGUCACAAAGAUAGCUUGACAAGCAAUGCUGUCCCUACCACAUUUUCAGAAUCCAGCACAGUGCCUUGCAUAGAGUAGGCACUCAAUGAAUUUAUUAUAAAUCCUACGUCUUGUCUGGGAAUAGCUUCGUGGAAUACUGGAUAGAGCAAUGACUUGCAUAAAAUCAAGUUAAAACAGGCUGUAAUGACUGAGAAGUAGUGGCUAACUUAGAAUGUUAAUUAGAAUUCACGAAAGGCCUUAGCACUUAAAUUUUUAAGAGGCCCAAGGGCUAAUUUUAAUUUUCUGUUUACUCUGAGUCAUUAAUUUCUCAUAUGGACUACUGAGUAUGGAAUAUUAUCUUUGAAUGAAUAUGAUUUCUGAGCUCUUCUGCCUUACAUAAUUAUAGUAAGUCCUUUGCUGUUCUCUGUGUUGAGAGAUUUGCCUCCAUAAAUAAAAAUGAUUGUGUUUUUCCUAUAGUUGAUUUUUAUUAUGUCACCAUACAUGAGUCUGUACACCUGGCACUAGUAUAAAGUACUGGUUGAAAAGGAACUGAUACUUUCAUUUCAUGGAUGGCAUUAAUGAGAUAAAUUUCUACUUUUUAGAUCAAAACCAAUUUGCUCAACAACAAAAGAGAAACUGGAACAAGAGGUAGCAUCAUAUUCUUCUAUUAUGUGUCUCAUAAUGUGGUAUUAUGUAAAGAAAACCCUUUUGGAAUUAAAAACCUUGUUCUGAUAAACUAUUUGAUAAUAAAGUGCUUAUUUACAGAUAACAGAA